AUGACAGACACAGUGAUGAGCAGCAGCUCGGGUCGCUGGGUGUCCAACGACAGGCAGAGGAGCAUGCAUGCAGGUGAUAAAGAGCAGGGCACCUGGACCAUGCAGCCAGGCCCUGGUCCUGGUCCAGACCUGACAGAUGAAGAGAAAGAGAUUAUAAACAGUGUGAUUGCCCGUGCUGAGAAAAUGGAGGCCAUGGAGCAGGAGAGAAUUGGUCGCUUGAUAAACCGCCUGGACGACAUGAAGAAGACUGUGUGCGGAGAUGGAUUGUCCCGCUGUUUGCUGUGCGGGGAGCAGCUGGGCACACCCGGGGUCAGCUCGGUGGUGUGCGAGGACUGCAAAAAGAACAUGUGCACCAAGUGUGGUACACAGUGUAGCAGUCGGCCACGUGCAGUGUGGCUCUGCAAGAUCUGCAGAGAACAGCGAGAGGUAUGGAAGAGGUCUGGCGCCUGGUUCUUUAAAGGUUUUCCUAAGCAUUUCCUGCCAUCGCCCAUGCCUUUAUCUAAACAAAAAGAGACUGGUACCCAUGAGGCAGCAGCGGCCAAGAGACCAGCAGUCUCUGAGCCCAGGGAGGCAGUAACCCAACCACAGCCACCAGGUCAGAAUCAGAGUCAGGCUCCUGCUUCUGAGCAGCAAGAUUCAGGCAAGUUCUCACCACAAGGCCGUGCUGGUUACCCACCUGUGGCCCCUAAACCAGUUUUGCGCAUGGCCACGGGUGGGGCUGGCCCUGAAGAGGCUGGACAGGGCAGCCCAGUGGUGAUGAAGAAGAUGGUGCCUGUCCAGAGCUCCAGACCACAGCCCGCUGCAUCAGCCACCAUGGCCCAGCAGGGUCCAGUGGCAGGAGAUGGAGGAGCUUACUCUUCUGCUGCAGCCCCUCCGGAUCAGAGAGCGCCUCCUGCAGUAAGAGAGGACAGGAGGCAGCCGGCUGCCUACAGUGCCCCUCCUGCCCGGCAGCAACCUCCCCCAGCCGAGGAGGAGGAGGAGGCCAACGACUAUGACUCUGAUGAAGCCACCACUCUGGGCUCUCUAGAGUUCAGUCUUCACUACGAACAGGAAAGCAACAGCCUCCACUGUAGCAUCCUCAAAGCAAAGGGACUGAAGCCCAUGGACUCAAAUGGUCUGGCAGAUCCCUAUGUCAAGCUCCAUCUGCUACCAGGGGCUAGCAAGUCUAACAAGUUGCGCACAAAGACACUGAGAAACACCCGCAACCCCAUGUGGAACGAGAUGCUCACCUACCACGGCCUGACGGAGGAGGACAUGCAGCGUAAGACCCUCAGGCUCUCUGUCUGCGACGAAGACAAGUUUGGGCAUAAUGAGUUUAUUGGGGAAACCCGAGUGGCGCUGAAGAAACUGAAGAUGAACCAGAAGAAAAACUUCAACGUGUGUCUAGAGAGAGUUGUGCCUACGAAGAGAACUGCAACAGCCGGAGGAGCCAGAGGGAUCGCUCUCUACGAAGAUGAGCCAGGGAAAGAAGGCUCAGAGGUAGAAGAGCGCGGUCGGAUUCUGAUCUCCCUCAUGUACAGCACCCAGCUGAACCGGCUCAUCGUAGGCGUUGUGCGCUGUGUCCACCUGGCUGCCAUGGAUGCCAAUGGCUACUCUGACCCAUAUGUCAAAAUAUGCCUGAAACCUGACAUGGGGAAGAAGGGCAAGUGCAAAACACAAAUCAAGAAGAGGACUUUAAACCCAGAGUUUAAUGAGGAAUUCAGCUACGACAUCAAACACAGUGAACUGGCCAAGAAGAUGUUAGAUAUAUCCGUGUGGGAUUAUGAUAUUGGAAAGUCCAAUGACUACAUAGGUGGGUGUCAACUGGGAAUCACCGCCAAAGGAGAGAGGCUGAAACAUUGGUAUGAGUGUUUGAAGAACAAGGACAAGAAGAUUGAGCGUUGGCACACCUUGCUGAAUGAGAAUCAUGUUGCUAGUGAUUAACCCCUUGCCCACCCCAUGUAUACAGCAUGAGCUACAACCUAUCCACCCCCGAUCUGUUUGCAUUCAUCUCCUGAUGCACUUUCUCUCCCCAUUUUCUUGUUUUUAUUUAGACUUCACACAUGUGUCCUUGGUAUAUUCUUCUCUCCUGUUUUCUUACUAACAGUUUCUCUGCCUGUGCUGAUACUUAAUCUGCCUCCGGCACAAAUCGCAGCGUAUAUGAAUUAGAAAUUUCAUUUAAUGUAACCAAGACGUCCGUCAACAAACAGCUGCACAAAGGCCGUCAUGCCUGUCAGUGAUGUUAUAUAGUGUGCUGAACUUGACACAUUCUACGCUAAAGAAAAUGAAGUUUGAUUGCACUGGCACAGAGCAAGUAAAGCAAUAUGUUAUGGCAUCUGAGGUCAAAUCCGUCAUUCAAGCUCAUGAAAGCCUUGACUGAGCUCAUGCCUGAGAUUCAUUUGACCAUCAGGGUGUUACUUUUACUUACUCGUGUGAUUACAUCACGCUGUAGUGUAACACUUGAACUGUAUCAGCAUGGCAAGCCACACAUGAAAGAAAACACGCAGCUGCACCUUCACACACUUCGACUGUCCUAAACAUGCUGUAAAUUUCCAUGGAGAAAAUGUUUACAUAUUGAUACAUUGCUCAGGUUAGGAUAGACAUCUGAUCCUGCAGAUGAUUCAUAAGUCAGUGGACCAUGAGCUAGAUGAAACUUUAAUCAGUUGCUGUUAAUUUUGUGAUUUAAAAUUAGAGCACACCUAGUUUAGCAGGAGUUUUUAUGUAUAGUUAUCCAAACUGUGAAAUUUAAGUUCGUGGGAAGUAUUAACUAUGUGUUUUGAGAAACUAAAACUUUAACCAUGAUAUUUAUUUUUUAGUUAAUUUCUUAGAUGCAGUGAGAUUUGGCAGGAAAAAACAGAACAAAACAGAAUCUCGUCCUGCUACCUCUACUCCUCUGAAGCUCGCCGGUCGCUCUGACGCCUCAGAGGUUUUCUACUGUAGUGUUUACACUGAAUGCACACGGUCAGGUCUCCUACAGGUUUCCCUUACAAAAUUUGCUGCUCCGUUUAACAAGGAGAGAAGGUGGAAGUGGUUAUGUCAUAAGUAUGUGCAGCUUUAUCUGCAUGCACUGUGCUCGUGACCCUCGUGUGCCUGGGGCAAUCAUGGCCCGCUUUUACCCCACAGCACUCCUUUGCACAAAAGCAGGGCUCUUUUCCUUCUGUCACACCCCAGUCAUCAAAAGGCUUUAGCGUGCGUUUGUUCACUAAUCACAGCAAACCAAGGAAAGCACACCUUACAAAGUGGAAUGACCUCAAUUUAUACAGCUGUCUGCAAGUUAUUCCAACGUCAAAGACGAAAACAAAAAAUCCUAUGCAUGAAAUGUCUUGUGGUUCAAGAUAUAUAUACUUUGUAAGAAAUUAAUGCUAUUGUAAUUCCAUUAAUGUUUACACUUCUUCCCCAUAACAUUCCUGUUAAUACUUUAUAUACAAGAGGUCAUAUUCUGCAUGACUAUGAUGACUAUGGUGUAAUCUGAAUAAACUGGUUUGUUAGCAACCACAGGAUAGACUAAUAAUCCCUGAGCACAUCAAUUUUGUCCAACUUUAUCAGUAGCAGACUUUGAGAUUAAUCUCAAUCUUUGAAUGAGAUGUCCUGUACAUACACAUUCAGAUCUUUCCAGUGUCUUGUUUUCUCUGUAAAGCCUCUCUGCCCACAUGUGGCAAUGAUUCAGACACCCACCAGUCCUGCGUUGUGCUACUUCAGCUAUACAGUGAUCAUCACAUGAUGAUUAUCAAUUGUUGUUAAAAAAAAAAAUACAGGCUUCUCUCUGAGCUAAACCAUAGCUGUCUUCUACUUGAUUCUGCCAGUUCAGUGGAAUGUUUCUUCUUUAAUCUCUGUAUUUGUAAAUAGAUAGUGCAUGCAAUGGAAAUAUGUAUGUUUGCAAAUACCUUUGCAUGUAAAGAUUUUGCAGAGCCUUUACACAGAUCAAUAAAAUCUAAUGAAAAAUGA